UGCACACUCUUUUCCGCGCAUUCACCGUGAUGUGAGUUGCAGCUUUGUGCUCGCCACCGACCGGAUCCUGCAGGCUGAGCGCACUGCGUUUGAGAGGCGGACGACAGACGGCAGGAAUGGGAAGAAUAAGACAGAAUGCCAUAGAGGAGAGUGCUCAUUAAGACAUCUGCUGCUUUGAUUAGGAUUGGAGGAGCCUGCCAUCCCUAAACAGACAGACAGACAGACAGACCGACCUGCGAGGAGCUGCUGGAGUUGGUGCAGGAGGCUUUUGUUUUUUUGUCCAGGAGGGAUAUUGCAUGCAUAGAUGGUGCCAAACAAGUGGACCAUGAAUUCAGUUCUGCACAAAUCGCCACCGAGGAGCUGGCUCGGUCUCAGAUUACGACUCAAUGAGAAGCCCGUCCAGGAGGAGGACUGGGUAGUGUGCCAGCACCCUGAGUGUCCUGAGCGCCGGAGGGCCUCUAAGGUUUGCCACCACCCGGACUGCCUAGACCUGAAUAACAAAAGCCCCCUUCACCUGUGUGAGUCAUGUGACUCACGCUGCCAUUCAGAGAACACAGACAAUAUGCACUUUGACCGGCACCCCCGAUUUGACUUACAACCUCAAGCCUCCAUCCUGGCUCGGAACGUGUCCACACGCUCCUGUCCCCCGCGCACCAGCCCCCCCUCCGACCUAGAGGAAGAGGAUGAGGGGAGCAAUGACCGCGGGGAGCGUAAAACAGGGGGGAUGAAGUUGGUGAAAAAGAAGCCACGGAGACGACACACUGAUGACCCCAGUAAGGAGUGCUUCAGCCUUAAGUUUGAUCUCAACGUGGACAUAAACACAGAAAUUGUACCAGCAAUGAAAAAGAAAACCUUGAGAGAGGUUCUAGCUCCAGUGUUUGAGAGGAACGGCAUUGAGCUGUCCCGGGUCGACUUGUUCCUGGAUCAGUCUAACACGCCACUGUCCCUCAACUUUGAGGCCUACCGUUUUGGAGGGCACUACCUCAAAGUCAAAGCACGGCUGGGUGAUGAGCUGAAGGUGGAGCAGAGUGUGAAGGACCUGCGCUCGCUCAGUCUGCCCAACAUGAAGCCCUCUGCAGGCCAGAGCACCUACAUCCUCACCCCGGCCAGCGAGAAGGUGGAGCAUGGAUCUCUGGGACGCAAAGAAAGCGUCGAUCUGUUGGGUCAGGCGCGAAGGAGGAAGAACAUGACAGAGUUCCUAGGGGAGACGAAUAUUCCUACGCCGGAUGCUCUGGGACAGAUCGGAGGAUCCCUGCCCAGCGCUGGAGCCGGGCCCGACAGCUGGAAGAACCGCGCCGCCAGCCGCUUCAGUGGCUUCUUCAGCUCCAACGCUGGAGCAGGACCCUUCGGCAAGGAGUUGGACCGUCUGGAGCAGCUGCAGAGCAAACUACACUCCUACACGUUGUUCGGGCUGCCCAAAGUGCCGCGGCAGCUCUCCUUCCACCAGGACUCCUGGGAGGAGGAGGAGGAGGAGACCAACCUGGCCCUGGAGGACAGUUGGCAGAUGCUGCUGGACAACUCAGAGACACUGACGAGGCGACAGUUCCACCAGCAGGAGGCGAUAUGGGAGCUGCUGCAGACGGAGGCCACCUACAUAAAGAAACUCAGAGUCAUCACUGAUCUGUUCCUGUCUGGGCUGCUGAACCUGCAGGAGAGCGGUCUGCUGACAGAGGCAGAGCCCCCAAAGCUGUUCAGUAACAUCCAGGAGAUCGUCCGCCUCCACACGUCCCUGUGGAACCAGGUCAUGCUGCCUGUCCUGGAGAAAGCCAGACAGGCCCGGGCUCUGCUCGACCCCACUGACCUUCACCACGGCUUCAGGACGUUUGGCUCCAGGUUCAAGCCCUACAUCCGUUACUGCAUGGAGGAGGAGGGCUGUAUGGAGUACAUGCGCACGCUUCUCAGGGACAAUGAGCUCUUCAGGACCUACGUCACGUGGGGAGAGACGCAUAAGCAGUGUAACCGUCUGAAACUUGCCGAUAUGGUAGCGAAGCCCCACCAGAGGCUGACCAAAUAUCCACUCCUGCUGAAGAGUAUUCUCAAGAAGACGGAUGAGCCGUCGGCCCGCGAGAUUGUCAAUAGCAUGGUGGCCACAGUAGAGGGCUUUAUCAACAGCGUGGACUCCCAGAUGCGACAGCGGCAGGAACAACAGAAGCUGGCCACCAUUUCUGCCCGUAUAGACUCCUACGAGGCUGUAGAGGGCAGCAGUGAGGAAGUGGAGAAGAUCCUCAAGGAGUACAACUGCUUCGACUUGAUGGCUCCCAUGAGAGGAAUAUCUCCGGAGGAGACUCGACAGCUGCAUCUUGAGGGAGCGCUGAGGAUGAAAGAGGGCAAAGACAGUAGGAUGGAUGUCUAUUGUGUCCUGUUCACUGACCUGCUGCUAAUUACCAAGCCAGUGAAAAGAGUGGAGAAAGUCAAAAUCAUCCGCCAACCUCUCCUCAUUCACAAUGUCGUCUGUAAGGAGCUCAAAGACCCCGGCUCAUUCAUCCUCAUCUACCUCAAUGAGUUUAAGAGUGCAGUGGCAGCCUACACUUUCCAAGCCAACAGCGCCUCCCAGGGGCGAAGCUGGAUCGAUGCAAUCUGCAAUGUCCAGAACCAGCUCCAGAGGCUCCGCACUGAGGAGGUCCUCCGGCAGCAGAGCAGUCUGAAGAGAUGUGGCGAGUUAGAAGAGGAGGAGGAAGAUGAGAGCAGCAACUCCACUACAAGCUCCCCAUGCCUGAGGCACAAAGACCAGCAAAACUCAAGUCAAUCCGAUGGUUCCACUGAGACCCUGUCAGUGAUGGACAUUGAUGAACCAGGUGAACACCAGGAUCCUCCUUCCCCGAACAUGAACCUCGAGGGAACCGCUGAAAAAGACGGCGACGUGGCUCCCCUGUGUGAAAGGUCUGAGGUCCUGCAGUCUCAGUGCACGAGCCCCCGCAGAGUCCUCUCCACCGUUUACUCUGAGCACGAUCAGGAGACGGGGCCUGACGGAGAGGAGCUGGACCCCCAGUGUCGCUCUCUCUCCAUGGACAGCGCCUACGGUACCCUCUCCCCCGAAUCCCUCCUGAGAGAGCUUCAGCCGCAGCCUGGCCAGAGCGAGGGAGAGGAGACUGAGGAGGAAGAGGGAGACAGGGAGGGUGAGGAGGAGGCGGAGCGGGAAGAGGCAGGAAUUGAGGAGGAAGAAGAGGAAGAGGAGGAGGAUGCUGCCUCACUUGGGUCCCAGCUGUCAGUAGUCCAGUCCUCUAAACCUCGCCGGCGGCCUCACAUUCAGCCACGAUUCCACUGCCUCCAGAGGCUGUCCACUCUGGCCUUAUCCCGCUCUGAGGACAAUCUGCUGCAGCGCUUCCACGGUAAAACCCCUGUAUCUCACAAACACUCACUUCGCUCUGAGGUUCAGGACCAGUCACAGUGCAGGGACAUGGAAACGUCACCGCUGGCACACAGUCGAAGCCUGUCAGAGCUGGGCCUGGAGCUGUUGUCCAGUGACCUCGACCAGUCUGACGACUGCUUGAGCAUGAGCAUGCCCUCCGACAAACUCUGUGCCACCCUGAGGAGGGCGGAGGCCAGGCACGGCUACAGGGCGCCUGCCGGAGCUCACGAGGGUAUCGAGUCCCAAAGCAACAGCUCGGACGGGGAAACGGCUCCAUCUGCCUUCGUAGAUAAGAAAAACGAGUCAACAACCGCUGGUGAUUCAGGGAAAGUGUCAUCCAAAAAGAGGAAAUCACCAGUGCAGCAGCACAAGAAGCUGACUCUAGCUCAGCUGUAUAGGAUACGCACCACUCUUGUCCUCAACUCCACACUCACUGCAUCGGAGGUAUAACCACUCUUCCAAACAGCUGACCAGUGGCACGUGGGCAUAAUAAGGAACAACACUUGUUGUGCUUCGAUGGACUGAAUUUCUUGAGACACAAAUGCACUCUCUCUUGCUGCCCUCUCCCUUCCUGUUGCUUUUUGGACUCUGAUAGUACCAUUUUUGCAUUUGAACAAUAACAAACUUUUUUUUUUUUUUUUGCUGUUGCAUUGGUUUCCGAAUUACUCGAGUGGAAGGGAGAGGCAGAGAGACAUUAACUGCUUGCACUUUGCAACGAAAGUAGCGUUAUGGGGGCUUGGACCUUAAGGUGGACUGGCGGAGGGGUGUGUGUAUGAGUGCAAAGUGUGGAAGUGCUGCACCUGCAGAGGGAGGAGACAUCCAGGUGGAGGUCUUAAAACCUCAUCCCUGCGCUUUGCACCGGAGAAAAGGUGGAGCUGAAUCCUGCAUCUUCUCCGUCUCUGUUGAGUUGAAAAAGAAAAAGACUUUUGAAAAUCUCUACACCUGGCAAAAAAAAAAAAAAAACAGCACCAAGGACGUCCUCCUAAUAUUUGUACUACUCCUGGUUUGCUUCAACAAAAGAAAAAAAAGAGAAUUGCACAGUUAUCUAUGUUAAGUAGAAGAAUCACUAAGGAGUGAAUUUACAUUUACAGUCACACAAUGAAUUAGAAUUUAUUGUUUGCUGUUUGUGUCUGCUCGUGUGUGUGUGUGUGUGUGUGGUGUGUGUGUGUGUGUGUGUGUGUGUGUGUGUGUGUGUGUGUGAGUGAGUGAACGAGUGUGUGUUGAAAUGAUACAUGGUCCUCGAUUCCUGACUGAACCAAAACUGAUUCCCAUCUCCUGUGAAGACCCGAGUAGCCGGUAGGCUCCCAACAAGAAAAAAAGUGCGCCCAAAGGUCCAAAACCAGCCAGUCAUGAUUUCAUAAAAACAGCUGCAUCACCACACAGAUGGACUUCCUUCUUUACUGUUAUCUUGGUUGAACUAAUGCAAUUUGGUAUGUGGAACUAAUGAGAAGAUGAGUUGAUUUCCUAAAAAAACAAUGACUGAAUUUAAUAGGCAGUUGUGAGGGAUUUCCUGCACUAUAUAUAUAUUAUGGCUUGAGUGUCCACUCACUCUUGAGGCCUAAACGUAGUAAAACCACAUACACAAAAGCACAAGCAAGAACAAGCUCAUAGGAAACACAAAAAGAAGUCGACACUUUGCCUGUGCCGGAGCACCUUUUUCUCCAAGACAUUUCAUUUCUUGUGUUUCUUUAGGAUGGUAACACUAAUAAGAGAUUGAAGAAAAGGUUUGGGUUGGAUAUUCUGAGUGAAUCUGCAGAGCUGGCUUUAACACUUGUUCCAGGAGAUUGAUAAAGUAAAAAAAAAAAAAAAAAAAAAAAAGCAUUGACCACCACAGAAACUUCACAUUCACACUUGAUGUGUUCAGCUUUUCAGAUCAGUGAUUUAUAACCUUAUUCCAAACAUUGCCCAAACCAAAUAGGUUAACUCUGUUUACUUUUAGUUUUUUUUUUUUUUUGUGUAAUAUUUAUUAUGCCUGCUAUGUUUUAUAUAUAAGAUAUUGUUUAUAUUGUUUGCUUCCAUGAUUUGUAAAUUUUUUUUGUGGAUGUAGUCUUAAUAAUUUCAACUUGCCAGGCAUGAAUGUGCUAUGAACCAAAAUCAUGUGUUUCCUCUUUCAGGAAUGACUUUAAAGUGUCUUACAAAAUAAAAAUGCUAAAAUACUUUACAAUCCCUCUUUUAAUGGUUUAAUCCAUUGUAAUGGAGUGAUUUAAGAGGAAAGGCUGAAUCUGAAUGGCAUCGCAUUAAAACAACAUGAACUGGUCA